CCACACCUGGUGAUAAGACUUACUGAUAAAAGACUUGAAAGGUAAUCUGUGUCAGUCCUGGCGACUCUCAGGGAUGGUUAACAUGGCUACUCACCUACCUGUCGGAAUCGUGCUCCUACUGUCCGUACUCAUCGCUAACAUCAACGGAGAUAACAUCUACCGCCUGUGUGUAACGAACCGGGUGAAUGUGCUGAACCGAUGUCAGACCGUGAAGAGAGGUGAUAGCCAAGUGGAAUGUGUCCCAGUCGCGGACAGUGUCGACUGUGCCCUCAAGAUGCAGCAGGGAGAUGCUGACUUUGGAGUGUUCACUGCAGAGGAGGCUCUGCUUGCGUCUGACUUCAUUGACAAGAGUGUUCGAGUUGUAGCUGACAUCCGUCAUGUAGAGCGUUCCACAGAUCCUUAUGCGUUCGAAGCCGUGGCUGUAGUGAAGAACACGUAUGAGGGCACCCUUAACAGCUUGAAGGGCUCAAACUUCUGCCACCCUGGAUUUGCCCCUGGGGGUCUCUGGACCGACUCAGUCCUCAAGCACUUUGAAAGAUUUGUGGUCUCAACUCCUUGCGAGAAAAGUCUCUCAGUUGUGGAACAAGAGAUUAAAGCUUUGUCCCACUUCUUCAAGAGUGCGUGUCGUCCUGGUCCGUGGGUGCAAGAUGAUAUGUUCGAUAAUCGACUCAAGAUGAACUACAGUAACCUGUGUGAACUGUGUGACUCGCCCAAGACGUGUUCCUACGCGUCACAUGAGUCAGGGAGUCACCGUGCAGCUCUUACUUGCCUCACCCACCGUGGUGGUGACGUCGCGUACGUUGCUCUCCGUUACCUGCGGCAGUACUUUGGUUUGGAGUCAGGAUUCACAGCGAUGGCCGACAUGAACGAUUUCAAGAUCUUGUGUCCAGAUGGCAGCACUGAGCCUCUGGACAACCCGAGCCCUUGCGCUUGGGUCCAGCAGCCCUGGAGUGGAGUCUUGGCUAGAAGAGACAUUGCAAACACACUGCAACCCCUGCUGCUCUCUUGGCUAGUAAACCAGCCCAUAGAUCUCCCAGCCUGGCAGGAGGCCUUGUGGGAUCUCAUGAUGGAGCCUGACCAUGUCAUCAACAGCGUCAGCUCUCUACUCUCCAACUUCGUUCGCCAGAUAGGUGGGGAGACUCGACAGGCAUGCUCGGGAAGUGUGAAGUGGUGUACCGUAGAGAAGACGGAGAAGCAGAAGUGCGAAUGGCUCAAGGCGGCUGUGCAGACCCAUGGGAUACAGCCAUCGAUUGACUGUGUGGAAGCCAAGAGCAACUUUGAGUGCUGGGGACACGUGCGUGACGGCAUCGCCAACAUUGUAACUGUCGACACCGAAUAUGGCUACAUAGUCCGCAAAUCUUUCAACUUGUCACCAUUAGCGUACUUGGACAGUGGGCUAAACGCAAACUACCAGAUUCUCGCCAUCAUCAACAGUUCCGACAAGCAGAUCAAGAGCUGGCAGAACAUCAGGCAGAAGAAAGCUUGCUUCCCAGAAUUUGGAGGACUCGCCUGGAUUUCAACGGUGGCAACACUGAUUGAGAACCGCCAGCUGGCAAGGAUGUGUCCACACGCAGCAGCCAUGGGCAGUUUCUUCGGUGGAGCUUGUGCCCCAGGAGCCAAAGACAUAGAGCACACCCGUGGCUCUGGCGUCGUCCCAGCAAAACUCUGCUCAGUCUGCAGUACUCACAACAGCUCUGACUCAUGUUCCACAACCUCCAGCAGUGUGUACUAUGGUGAUUUGGGAGCCUUACGUUGCCUUGCCAAUGGCUUUGGAAACAUUGCAUUUGUGGAUUACAGGCAACUCCAAGGAAGCAAUGGAAGGCUGGCACAGGACAUAGACCCGAGCGCAUACCGUGUGCUAUGCCGCAACGGUUCUUUGGCGCAGUCCGUGGGACUGAAUGUGGACAACAACUGUGCUCUGUCAUACGGAGUUGGCUCUGAGAUUGUGGCUCGAGCAGACAGAUCUGAAACAAGGAACACGGAACUGACAGAACUGCUGCUAGAAAUGGACCAGUGGUUUGGAUCCACAUCUCCCAGCAAGAUGGACAGCGUCUUCCACAUGUAUUCAGAAUUCCAGGGCACGAAGGAUUUGCUUUUUAAGGAUGCAACUAGAGGAUUGGUCCUUCCAAAUGACGUAGGUUAUUCCUAUGUAAAUGACUACAAGAAACUUCAAGAUAUCAACAGCGUAUGUGUGAAGACAAGAAAUUCAGGAGUAGCCAUAAUCCCUUCCAUAAUUGUUUUAAUAGCAGUCUUUAUUAGUCCUUUUGUAAUUUAACCAACUGACUCAGAUGGUUCAAAUCACUGCCAUUCAACUUCUGCCUCCUUGUCAUGACCAUUUCAUUGUAUUUUGCUGAUAUAAUUAAUAAUUCUGUUCUUGUGUCUAAGUAAUUUUUGGUAAUAAAUGAGUUUUGUUAAA